CAGAGGCUGGCAUGAGUUCAGAAGUAGAACCACGAAAUCGGCGUGCCGCGUGCAUAAAACCCAAACCCUACAAGGCUGAGGCUUCAACCCCUCUUCCCAAAACCAAGCUGUCAAUCCGCCGCCGCCGGCCGCCGCAGCGCCAUGCUCCACCUCCGGAAGCUCAUUUCCCCAUCCCUCUCCGCGCCCCAUCAUCUCCCCGCUCCCCUCUUCUCUCUCCACCGCCUACUCGCCGCCGCCACCGCGCCCGUUUCCCCAGAACCUUUCGCCGUCGAGGACUACCUUGUCACCGCCUGCGGCCUUACCCGAGCCAAGGCGCGGAAGGCGUCCAAGAAACUCAUCCACCUCAGAUCCCCCUCCAGGAUCGACGCCGUGCUCUCGUUCCUUUCCUCCCUCGGUGUCUCCCGCUCCGCUACCGCCGCUGUCAUCGCCAACGACCCGAAGUUCCUAUGCGCCGACGUGGAGAAGAACCUGGCGAAGCGCGUCGUCGAGCUCACUGACCUCGGACUCAAUCAUUCCCAGAUCGCGCAACUCAUACCGCACGCCCGAGCCUGCUUCCGCCACUCCUCCCUCGCCCGCAACCUCAGCUUCUGGCUCCCGAUCUUUGGCUCGUUUGGCAAGCUCCUCCAGGCCGUCACGGUGAAUGGAGGUAUCCUCGGAGCAGAUCUCGACAAGGUGGCCAAACCCAACCUGGCCAUCCUCGAGGAAUGUGGGAUAAGUGUUAAAAAAUUUCCCGGUACAUUCGUAAGCAGGGUGCUCACCACGCUCCCCAGGCAAGUCCUCGAUGCUGUUGUGUACAUCGAUAAGCUUGGUGUGCCACGGGGCUCGGCGAUGUUUCGCUAUGCACUCAUGACAUUUGCGAUUCAAAGACAGGAUAAGAUUGCCAAGAAAAUUGGGGCCCUUAAAAUGCUUGGUUGGUCGCAAGACGAUGUGUUGACUGCUGCAAAGAAGAUGCCGGGUUUCCUUACCAUGUCUGAGGAAAGGCUGCGGAGAAAUGUAGAAUUCUUGACAAGGGAUGUUGGGCUGGAGAUAUCUUACAUUACUCGAAGGCCAGUGCUGGUUAUGUAUAGCCAUGAUCGCCGGUUGUUGCCCCGACAUUCCUUGCUUAAGAUUCUCAAUGCAAAGGGGUUGCGUAAUACUGAGAUGGACUUCUAUUGUAUGGUUGCUAUGACCGAGAAGAAGUUUCUGGCCAGGUUUGUGCAUCCUUAUGAGGGGAGUAUUCCAGGUCUUGCCGUGACUUAUGCAUCUAUGUGUGCUGGGAAGGCACCUAAUCGAGUUACUGCAUGAGAAAACAAAAGGAAACCAGAGACUCUGCACAUGCCUGUGCUGGAAGUGGUAGGAUUGCCCUGUUGGAACAACGUUUUAAGAAAAGGUUGGAUGAUACAUGCACUGGAUGUCUCGUCAAAUAUCUUCAGGAAACAAAGGCUUGAUGAAUAUAGAUCUUCAGUGGAUAUGAUGGUUCAAGAUCGAAGAUGCGGUUGUAUUCAUGGCUGGGGCAUCUUAAGCUGCAGACACAUUGUUUGUAUGGCACUUACCGGUGAAGUGUUUGAAUUGCCAAGAGAAGAGAUAUCCUCAGAUCGUGUAAUAUCAUGUCGAUUUGAUUUAACAUUCUGCAAUUUGUGCUUAGAAAGCCAGAUUUCAUACAAUGCUGAUUGCAUCAUUUAUUACAUCGUUAGGCCUUUUUUACACUAUCAGUUCGCAGCAAUUGCUUAAUUUCUCUCCGUAAUGUCAAACGACAAUAUUUUGUGGUUCCGUAAGACGAUGAUUGUCUUAUUAUGUUUCUCUA